AUGGCUUCCUCGUCAGCCCACCACAUCGCUGCCCUGGUGGAGGGAGCCGCAGGCAGAACCAGUUUUCCCCAGGAUGUGUCCAAUAGAAACUGCAUGCAUGCUGGACAUCUUGACAGGUGGACAGUCGUGCUGGUCACAACUCCCUGGUUUGCCCCCAUCAUCUGGGAGGGGACCUUUGACUCUGCCAUCCUGGACACGCCAUUCAGAAACACCACCAUCGGGCUGACUCUGUUUGCCAUCAAAAUAUACAUAGUCUUCCUGAAGCUGUUCCUGGAGACUGCAGACAAGUACUUCAUGGUGGGACAGAAGGUCAACUAUUAAGUCUUCACUGACCAGCAUGCUGACGUCCCGAACGUCCUCCUGCAGGAAGGCUGGCGGGUGGUGGACCUCGAGGUCUGCAAUUACCCUUGCUGGCAGGGCGUGUCCAUGCACCGCAUGGAGAUGAUCAGCAACUUCUCUGAGCAGCGCUUCCUGCAUGAGGUGGACAACCUGGUGUGUUUAGACGUGUACAUGAAGUUCAGCGACCACAUGGGAGUGGAGAUCCUCUUCUUCUUCUUUGGCACUCUCUGCCCUGGCCUCUAUGUUGCCGAUCACCAGGCCUUCAGGUAUGAACGCCACCCAUUGUCUCAGGCCCACAUUCCGAGAGAUGAAGGUGAUUCCUACUCUGCUGGCGGCUUUUUUGGGGGCUCAGUGCUAGAGGUGCACAAGCUCACCAAGGCCUGUCACCAGGCGAUUAUGGUGGACCACGCCAAUCACAUCGAGGCUGAGUGGCAUGACGAGAGCCACCUAAACAAGUACCUGCUGUACCCAAAGCCCACCAAGGUGCUCUCCCCUGAGUACCUGUGGGAUGAGAGGAUGCUGUGCAGAUCACCUUUCCUCAGGAAACUGGGAUACGUGGCUGUGCCCAAGAACCACCAAGCCCUUUGGAACCGAUGA